GCUAGGAAUGCGGAAAAUAUGUUAUGUAUGCAUCAGAUUUAAUUUGUUAGAAAAUCAAAUGAAAGCAAUAUCGUGCUAAAAUUUGAGAUAAAUAUUGACGAAUAUAGAUGGAUAAACAAUAUUCCAAUGCUAAGGUAACAUUACAGUAGCAAGGUAUAAGCAUGACACAGUGUCGAGCUCUGGGGAGGUUGGUAAUAAUGAUAUGUACACAUGUUCAUUAUCAAUUUACGGUCUAAUAUAACGAUCAGGAACCUGACUGAUCCAAUUUGUUCCUUGAUUUUGACAGAGAUUUAGUAAACAUAACAAACGCAUGCUUCAUUAAACCCCUGUGGGAUAUUGCGCUGAAACGCGGCAGACUGACCUUUUACGGACUGACACUUAUCCCAUUUCCUGACCCUAAUGAUAAUCACUCUUCAACUGUUAUAUAACAAUUCUUAGACCGACGAGAUUAGCAGAAUAUAUUCAAUCAUUGCAGCUUAUAGCCAACUGAAAGACAGCGUCUAGUAUGGCAAGCUAAACUAGACCAAAGUAUUCCAUUAUCGAUAACCGAGGAUCGCUGAGAAAAGAUAUGUGAACGAUCCUUCGAGAAGAACAUUCAUAUUGAAAAACUCAAAUCGUAUCUGGAUAUGAUUUAAGACCAAUAUGUGACUAUCGUAAUUAUUUGUGUAGAACCGAACGUUUUAGGAUCGGCUGAAGUUCAUAUAUAUAUAGAUAUUUUUACUAUAUUUAACUGAUUUGCAUACAUAGCGGCGCUUGGACAAGAACCGCACCUGGUCGUCUAGAGACACCGGGCAGGACCUGGGGCAGUGUUUGGCAAGAAUGUACGAACAACGCAUAAUUAUACUUUACAUGAAGUAACCAAAAAACGUUCGCAUAAAUUGCUGGCGCACUCUGAUGUAAACAAAACAAAUUUGUUACUUUUCAGUCCCUUUAAUUUCGUCAACUGAAGAAAAUUUGCGAUGAAAAAACAUAAAGUAACCAUAAGUUAUGGACCGUAUGUGAGUUUUGGUUUACUUGAACAUCGUACGGCGCGUUUAGAAGGAUUACAAGCUCUUCUUCUUCAAGAUGGCCACAGUGUAAGCUUUACUGCGAUCCCUGAUAGAAACGUCGUUGAAAUCAUUAUCAAUGGCGAAACCAUUUUCACCUCCACCAUCCAAAAUUUCCAGUUUGGGGGCGAUGGCAUGUUAGACCCAGUUUGUUACGAGGUUUUGGAAGCCGUCAGAAAAGCGUUUUAAUUCAAUCGAGAUUACAUUUCAAUAUUGU